GCCCUUGGGCUCUGACUCCGGCUCCGGCUCGGGCUCGCUAUGGCUGCGGCGGCGCCGUGAGGAGGAGUCCGCGUCCUCGGUGGCGGCGGCGGCGGCCGGCUCCAGGCCGGGUUUUGGCGCCGCCCGCCUGCUGCCUCCUGGCGGCUCCUGAACUCCAGCCCCCUCUCUAUCAGCCUCUCACUCCGUCUCAAUAUGUCUCAAGAUGGCGGCCAAUGUGGGAUCGAUGUUUCAAUAUUGGAAGCGCUUUGAUUUACAGCAGCUGCAGAGGGAACUCGAUGCCACCGCAACAGUAUUGGCGAACCGGCAAGAUGAAAGCGAGCAGUCCAGAAAGCGGCUCAUCGAGCAGAGCCGAGAGUUCAAGAAGAACACUCCAGAGGAUUUGCGCAAGCAGGUAGCGCCGCUGCUGAAGAGCUUCCAAGGGGAGAUUGAUGCACUGAGUAAAAGAAGCAAAGAAGCUGAGGCAGCCUUCUUGAAUGUCUACAAAAGAUUGAUUGAUGUUCCAGAUCCCGUGCCGGCUCUGGACCUCGGGCAGCAGCUCCAGCUCAAAGUGCAGCGCCUGCACGACAUUGAGACAGAGAACCAGAAGCUUAGGGAAACUCUUGAAGAAUACAACAAGGAGUUUGCUGAAGUGAAAAAUCAAGAGGUUACGAUAAAAGCACUUAAAGAGAAAAUCCGAGAAUAUGAACAGACUCUGAAGAAUCAAGCCGAGACUAUAGCUCUCGAAAAGGAACAAAAGUUACAAAAUGAUUUUGCAGAAAAGGAGAGAAAGCUGCACGAGACCCAGAUGUCCACCACCUCAAAGCUGGAGGAAGCGGAACACAAAGUUCAGACCCUGCAAACAGCCCUGGAAAAAACUCGAACAGAAUUAUUUGACCUGAAAACCAAAUACGAUGAAGAAAUCACUGCCAAGGCCGAUGAAAUCGAAAUGAUCAUGACGGACCUUGAAAGAGCAAACCAGAGGGCAGAGGUGGCCCAGAGAGAGGCAGAGACCUUAAGGGAGCAGCUCUCAUCAGCCAACCACUCUCUCCAGCUGGCCUCGCAGAUCCAGAAGGCGCCGGACGUGGAGCAGGCCAUAGAGGUGCUGACCCGCUCCAGCCUGGAAGUUGAGUUGGCCGCCAAAGAGCGGGAAAUCGCCCAGCUGGUGGAGGACGUGCAGAGACUCCAGGCCAGCCUCACCAAGCUGCGGGAGAACUCAGCCAGCCAGAUUUCCCAGCUCGAGCAGCAGCUGAGUGCCAAGAACAGCACACUCAAACAACUGGAAGAAAAACUCAAAGGACAGGCUGACUAUGAAGAAGUGAAGAAAGAACUAAACAUUCUGAAGUCCAUGGAGUUCGCACCAUCCGAAGGAGCUGGGACACAGGACGCGUCCAAGCCCCUGGAGGUGCUGCUGCUGGAGAAGAACCGCUCGCUGCAGUCCGAGAACGCCGCACUGCGCAUCUCCAACAGCGACCUGAGUGGGUCAGCCAGGAGAAAAGGGAAAGACCAGCCUGAGAGUCGGCGUCCUGGACCUUUGCCGGCGCCCCCUCCUCAGUUGCCCCGCAACACGGGGGAGCAGGCUUCCAAUACUAAUGGUACACACCAGUUCUCACCAGCGGGGUUAACUCAAGACUUUUUCAGCUCAUCCCUGGCAAGCCCCAGCCUACCCCUGGCUUCUACGGGAAAAUUUGCACUAAACUCUCUCCUCCAACGACAGCUAAUGCAGUCCUUCUACUCCAAGGCCAUGCAGGAAGCAGGAAGCACAAGCAUGAUUUUUUCAACAGGUCCAUACAGCACAAACUCCAUAUCAUCCCAAAGCCCAUUACAACAAAGCCCAGAUGUAAAUGGCAUGGCCCCGUCUCCCAGCCAGUCAGAAAGUGCUGGGAGUGCCUCCGAGGGCGAGGAGAUAGACACUGCAGAAAUCGCCCGGCAGGUGAAAGAGCAGUUGAUCAAGCACAAUAUCGGACAGCGCAUUUUCGGACAUUAUGUCUUGGGACUGUCUCAAGGGUCUGUGAGCGAGAUCCUGGCCCGGCCCAAGCCAUGGAAUAAACUGACUGUUCGUGGCAAGGAGCCUUUUCACAAGAUGAAGCAGUUCCUCUCGGAUGAGCAGAACAUCUUGGCUCUUCGCAGCAUCCAAGGCAGACAAAGAGAGAAUCCAGGCCAGAGCCUGAACAGACUAUUUCAGGAAGUACCGAAACGAAGAAAUGGGUCUGAAGGUAACAUCACCACCCGGAUCCGAGCCUCAGAGACCGGGUCCGACGAAGCGAUCAAGUCCAUCCUGGAGCAAGCCAAACGGGAGCUGCAGGUGCAGAAAACUGCUCAGCCGGCCCAGCCUUCCUCCACGUCCAGCAGCGGGAGCUCCGACGACGAUCGUUCCAUCCUCCAGCAGAGCCGCCGAGAGAUGGAGCCCAGCAGCCGCCCUCGACCCCGCCUUUAAAAACAAGCACCACUGUCACAGACUGACAUCGCCAUCCUGAACCCCAAGUUAAUUUCCACCUCACCAUGUCCGGUGUCCAGCUACUCUCCUCUAGCCAUUUCUUUGAAGAAGCCCCCCUCUGCCCCUGAUUCCAAACACCUCAGCUCUACCCAACCCCCCGGCCCUCAAAAAGAGUCCCAGGACGCACCUGGGCUGGACCUCCAGGGGGCGGCCGACCCUGCAGGCGUCCUCCGACACGUGGAAGAACGAGCUGGCCGCAGCGGCGGGUGGAAGGACCACUGGUGGAGCACGGUGCAGCCGGAGAGAAAGAGCAGCGCUGCUUCCGAGGAGACUAAGGUCGAGGAAGCCGGUGGCGGGAAAGAGAAAGGCGGUGGCAGUGGCAGCGGCGGCAGCAGCCAGGCGCGGGCGGACCGUGGCCAGCUCCAGGGACCCCCCUCCUCCGAGUACUGGAAGGAGUGGCCCAGCGCGGAGUCCCCGUACUCCCAGAGCUCGGAGCUGAGCCUCACCGGAGCCAGCCGCAGCGAGACGCCCCAGAACAGCCCUCUGCCCUCCUCCCCAAUCGUGCCCCUGGCCAAGCCCGCCAAGCCCUCCGUGCCCCCGCUGACACCCGAGCAGUAUGAGAUCUACAUGUACCAGGAGGUGGACACCAUUGAGCUCACCCGGCAGGUGAAAGAGAAGCUGGCCAAGAAUGGCAUUUGUCAAAGGAUCUUCGGGGAGAAGGUGCUGGGCCUGUCCCAGGGCAGUGUCAGUGACAUGCUGUCUCGGCCGAAGCCAUGGAGCAAGCUGACGCAGAAAGGCCGCGAACCCUUCAUCCGGAUGCAGCUCUGGCUGAACGGCGAGCUGGGCCAGGGCGUCCUGCCGGUCCAAGGGCAGCAGCAGGGCCCAGUCCUCCAUUCGGUGACAUCACUACAGGACCCCCUGCAGCAGGGCUGUGUGAGCUCAGAAAGCACGCCAAAGACCUCUGCCAGCUGCAGCCCCGCGCCCGAAUCACCAAUGAGCUCCAGUGAAUCGGUGAAGAGUUUGACUGAACUGGUCCAGCAGCCCUGUCCCGCCAUUGAAACAAGUAAGGACGGCAAACCGCCAGAACCCAGCGACCCGCCUGCUUCAGACUCCCAGCCUACCACCCCACUGCCUCUCUCCGGACACUCAGCCCUCAGCAUUCAAGAGCUGGUAGCCAUGUCUCCAGAGCUGGACACCUACGGAAUAACCAAGAGGGUCAAGGAGGUGCUGACUGACAACAACCUUGGUCAGCGCUUAUUUGGGGAGACCAUUCUAGGGCUCACCCAAGGCUCCGUCUCGGACCUCCUCGCUCGCCCAAAGCCCUGGCACAAGCUCAGCCUGAAGGGGCGGGAGCCCUUUGUCCGAAUGCAGCUAUGGCUGAAUGACCCCAACAACGUGGAGAAGCUGAUGGACAUGAAACGGAUGGAAAAGAAAGCCUACAUGAAGCGGCGACACAGCUCCGUCAGCGACAGUCAGCCCUGCGAGCCCCCCUCCGUCGGCAUUGACUACAGCCAAGGUGCGAGCCCCCAGCCGCAGCACCAGCUGAAGAAACCCCGUGUGGUGCUGGCUCCUGAAGAGAAAGAAGCUCUGAAACGAGCAUAUCAGCAAAAGCCAUACCCGUCACCAAAAACCAUCGAAGAACUUGCCACUCAGCUCAACUUGAAAACCAGCACUGUCAUCAACUGGUUCCACAAUUACAGGUCUCGGAUCCGCAGAGAACUGUUCAUUGAGGAGAUUCAGGCCGGGAGCCAGGGCCAGGCGGGGGCCAGCGACUCCCCGUCGGCCCGAAGCAGCCGGCCGGCGCCCAGCUCCGAGGGCGACAGCUGUGACGGCGUGGAGGCCGCCGAGGGCCCGGGCGCCGCGGACGCUGAGGAGUCGGGUGGCCCCGCGGCCGCCACCAAGUCUCAGGGAGGGCCUGCGGAGGCCGUCGCGGCCCCGGAGGAGCGGGAGGAAGCGCCGCGGCCGUCGGAGAAGGCGGAGGCGCCGCCCUCGGGGACCCUGGCCCCGGACGACGCGGACGAGGGCCAAGCCCGGGCCCCGCCGCCGCCCGAAGGCCCCGCGGAAGGCCGGAGGCCUGUGCCAAAACCCGCCGCCGCCGCGCCCGCCGCCGGGGAGGACGCCGCUACCUCAGCCGCCCCGCCGGCGGAGGGCCCCUGCAGGGCCCGGGACGCCGCCGGGGGUUCCGCUUUGCCAAGCACCAGUGCGCCCGCGGCCGCCCGCAGGCCCAGCUCGCUGCAGAGCCUCUUCGGCCUCCCCGAGGCGGCGGGCGCCAGGGACUCGCGAGACAACCCCUUGAGGAAGAAGAAGGCCGCGAACUUGAACAGCAUCAUCCACCGCCUGGAGAAGGCCGCCAGCCGGGAGGAGCCCAUCGAAUGGGAGUUCUGAGAGGCGCCGUCCGCCCACCCGCCCCCCGGGCCGAGCAGGGCCGGGCCGCGCCGCGUCGGGGCCGGCCGAGCCCGCCGAGCGGGGCGGAGGGGCGGCGCCGACCCCGCGGCCCGGACCGCGUUGCGCACUUACUGCCCUGCGGGCCACAGGGCAAAAUCGCCAUAGGCCAAGGUGCAUAUAGAAAACAAAGGAGCAUUAAGCCCAAUCUAUGUCGUGUUUUCAAGGAAGAAAACGGAAAUGUGUAGUCGAGCUUUUUUGUACCCUGAAGUGUUUUUUUUAUUGCCCUAAGUGAUUUCCACAGGUUCUGGAAUAACUCUUACAGCUUUGCCUUGCGCCCUCCUCUUUCGUGUGGGCUUUAAAAAAAAAAAAAUCAAACCCACAUAUUAAAAGGGGGCUUUUUAUCUGCCAUCUAAUGGCUUCAGAGCGAUAAUACACUAUUAUCUUCUUAAACCAGGAAAGGGGGGGGAUUUUUCAGAAAAAAAUUAAAAAAGAAAGUUUUUGUAGCUGUUCAGUUGCCACUAAGAGAUUGCACAGUCAAACCGACUCUAAACACACUAGUUUGGAUUCCUGAAUAUUUUCAAGUAAAGAAUCUUCUCGUUUGAAGCUUUGAAUUGAAAUAAAACACAUUUACUCCACAUAUUUUUUAACAAAAAGAAAAGUCACAUCAGGAAAAUAACCAAUUUUGUGGUAGCUGACGUAGUGUUUUCUUGUACGUGAAUAGAACCUGACAUGUAGUGCACAUCAAUCCAUAGCUUUAACUGGCUCUGGGCUUUUGCUGACCAGGGUCUGUUUAAUACACUCCAUUCUAGGCCAAAUCAGGACAAAAAGAAAAGAUCCGAAUCUAGGUAUUUUAUAAUCUGCUUUUUAACCUCUAACCGCAGAGCACGCUGAUCAGACCUCAUAUCUCGGAGGUUUAGGAGACAAGUUAGAACUGUAGCAUGUACCCGUUCAUUUUGUUUAAUUUAUGGUGUCUACGUCUGUGUUAGUGCGUCUGCACAUGUGUGAGCAUUUAAAGAAAGGAGGAAAGAGUAGGCCACUGAGGUCACGGCAGACAGUUCUGGGGCCAAACGGGGCCCACUCCGCGUAGGCAGCAGUCUCUCCUUGGCACAGAAGGCACCACACCUCACACCACUCUCCCAGGCGCCUGAUGGACUGAGCCCCACCAGGGGACGCCGCUCCCCGGGCCUGGGCAGGGCUCCCGCGCACUCUCUCUCUCCCUUCCUUCCCACCACAAGCACUGAUGACUGUCGAAGUCGUGGGAAGCGUCUUUCCCUGCAGAAGAGAGAACGUGGCAAUCUGGGCUCUGCUCCCACCCCCACAGAGAUGGCCCAAACUGACACCAAAAUGUUGAUACUCUUCACUUCCAGACCAGACCAUUCACUCUUCACUCAUAUUGCCUCUCGGGACGUUCUUUUAUGCAGUCUUUUACUGAGUCUUUUAGGUCAGUCUAAGUACAAAUCAGAAGUCUAACUUGUCUCUGAUUCCUCCUGUUGUCUAUGUGUAUAUGCGUGAGAAUAGAGGCGGAUGUGAGUGUGCGUGUGUGCGUGUGUGCAAUUUUAUACGUCUGUGUAUUUUCUUAAGUACCUGUGCACACAUAGAGUGCAUUACUGCCACCUUUUUUCAAUAAGCUGUUCAGUUAUGGCUUCUACAAGUUUGCUAAUUUAGACUCCUUUAUUGCCAUAUCUUUAAACUAACAAUAGAUGAUUUCGGUAUAUAUAUAUUUUUUUUUGCUUAUUUAUAGGUGCUGUAUUUUAUUAUCUGAUUGUUAGGAAGGGAUGAAAGGGGCAAAUAUUCUUUAGAGGGAUAGACUGCCGGCAGUAUUGGGUAUAAUUUACAAGAUGUAGUUGUCAUACUGUAUAUUACUGAUUGAAAACUUUUUGACCGUAUUGUGUAUCAUUGAAACCUUUGUCUUAGGUCAACAUCUUUGGAUGACAUUUUAAUGGUGCAUUCAUUAUUUCUUAAGUUUAAUUAAUAUUAUCUUUUUUGAUUCGGGGGUGGGAGGGAGUUACAAGUUUAGAGGUGUGCUCCCGCUGUGGCACCUCAGUGUGCUUGUGUUAAUUAACUUGUAGGACUUUGACUGUAAGAUGCGAAACCACAUUUCUUGCAUGACAUUUUAGAAAUUGUAUAUUUCAUUUACAGUCUUUUAACCUGCAACUGCAGCACUUAGUUCAAGUUUUCACAGAUUUAAGAGUCACUACACUAAAGACAAUGCCUUUCAUGAAUGAGAAGUUCUCAGAAGGCUCUAGGAGGCUGUGAGGCAGGCCGCUUGUCUUUCGGUGGUUGGACCGUCUCUGGACCUGAGGUCUGGUUCAGCAGAGGAGAAUUCAAAAUGGAGGAGCUCAAGGGGAAACAGGUUACCAUCCGGCUCAGUGCAGGCGCAUUAAGAAGAGCGAGUUGGCGUUAGUGACCCUUAGGACAGCGAGGAGCAGAGCCCCUGACAGUACUGUGGUGUCCUCUCCACAAAAACCUCGAGGGAAUUCUGUCAUCGUGUGUGAUGAAUCACUAAAUAUCUGAUUUUCAUCAGAAUCAAAAGCAGGGAGUUAACAGGAAAUGUUAGGGUAGUGUUUUAGUUUUAAAGGCAUGACUGUUAUUUAUGGAGGUAUUAAAUGCGAGGAAAUUGAAAAAUUAUAAAUUUGUUCAUUCUAGUGGCCAAAUAGUAACAGUCUAAAAUAGCCACUUUGGCUCUUCCAAGCAAUUUAGUCGUUUUUGUUGUGCUGGGGUUUUUUAACUAGGUUAUUGUUGAUUUCCACUUUGUCUCUUUUGCCAGACUCACAUCUGGGUGCUCGAUACAAUCAGUUGGUUAAAUUUUUGCUUGCAGUUCUGUAUUUGUAUUUUUUCUCUAUUUAUUUUUUUCUAUUGCCAUCCCAGCCCUGUUCUCUUUUGUGUUGAAGCUAUCACUGUCUGCAAUACUUCUUAGAGCUGCCACUAAGUAACAGAAACGUGUCAGCGGGGGCGGGCGUCCCCCUCCUCGUUGCGCCCCUCAGUUUGAGUCUAAGGGUUGAGCUUUCAUCUUGAGAAGCAAUAUUCAAGUGCCUUGAACAGCAGCCCCUCCGUGGGGUUUUACCUUCAGCGGGCAGGCGUUCCAAGCAGUAGCUCCCACAAGCAGCCAACCUCCUCCUCUUUACGCUCCAUCAGUUUAAAAAGCUGAUUUGUACCUCUCUCCUGGGGAAAACGGUUCCAUAUAAAACACUAACACUUAAUUACAAGCUCCAUUAUACCAUUUUAAAUGGCUUCUUUUUGUUAAUUGGAGGCAGUGUUCAUAACUUAAGGUUUUUGCCAUUACUUAGCUGGCUAAGUGGAGGCUCAGCAUAAAAUCAGUGUUCGCAGUUGGCCUCUUGACCCCUGGCUCCCGCCCAUGCUCUCCCCGCGGUGUCUGUGGUGGGAGGCGUGGGUUCUGGCCCAGACCCGUGCCCACUCCCUUCCACCACCCGGCUCCCUGGUGACCAGCUCUCUAGAACUUCCAGAUCAGUCAGGACAUCUCUGACUUCUGUCCACCAGACUGCUCUCCUUUAAAAAAAGAUGACCACAGCUAUUACUUUGAGUCAGUUAUUCUCAGAGCCACCCCGCCUGAGGAACACCGCAGUGCGCAGUGGCUUAUGGUCAGCAGGCGGCCCUGUGACGCAGGCUUGGGAGAAGUCUCCAGGAAAUGCCAGGAUCUUGACUCGUAUGAGUACUCUCAAACCCUGGCCACUGUGUCUGGGAAAGUGACAGAGGCGACAAAUAACCGUGCGUGGCCCCCCUCUACUUCCUAAGCACAAAUGCCUCCCUGCCCAGUUUCCUUCCUGUUGGCAUCUUUGUUCUCCCCCCAUUUUGAAACCAUCCUGUCUGAUGUGGACAUUUAGGUCUGCCAGUUGGUGGCCUGGUGGUCCAGACCCAGAGUGCUGUUGAGCUUUGGGUUAAAUGUCACUCUGUGCUCUCUCUGGCACGAGAGACGCUGCCUCCUGGGCCAGGGUGCAUCAGUGGUGCAGUUCGUGAGCUGCCCAGGCAGAAGGCGGGUCGUGUGGGCUGACUUCCCUAAGAUCGGCGGCGGUCACGCCCUGAGAGACGGGAGUGCACCGAGUCAGCAGACGGCUCAGGCUGCAGGAGGGCGCCUCCCCAGCUACAGCUGGGUGGGUUUCUCUGUCCCUCCUAAAGUCGUGCCCUUUCACACAGGAGUGAUCAAUGAACUCAGCUGGCAUUCUGUGUGUUGUUUUCAUUCCCCUGAUUUUAAAGAAACAAACCUCACUGAAAAUAGCAGAGGAGCAGGGGAGUAGAUGCACAUCCUGGGGUCAGCUCACCGUGAAACGGUGAUCGUGACUUAGUAGAUCUGGAGCCAGGGACCAGCAGCCUCUGCCUUAAAUGCACUGUGACAGGCGCCUCCCACAGGCCCACAAAAACAAGGGUCUGCUUGUGGCCUUCACAGGCCCUGCUCUUGGAGGCCAGCGCACCAGCUGUGCGGCCGGCAGUGUGGCAAGGCGGGGUUCUGGCCUGUGUGGUGGGUGUUGACCACGUCCCUUCAGGCUAGAGGUUUGGCUCCCUCCCUGCAUAUCCUCAGUUGUCAGGACCCUCAGGCGCCCCGUCUACCUCACUGGCCCACGCUGCCGUCUGACGUCACUCCUCAGCCCACACCCGUCAGAACCCUGCGGUGGGUGGGGUGCAGGGGGAGAGAAAGCUAGAAGGGUGGCAUCUGUGACCUUGGCCUGGUGGGCAGGCAUCUUCUCUCUUCUGAGCACGACACGGACAGACAGCUGUGUUCUGUGAGACACACGGGUUUUUCUCUGUACUUCCACCUGUUCUGGAAGAUCUGUCAGCUGUUUCCUUGGCAGACAGGGCCAGUCUCAGGCCUCAGAGGGACUUGUCUUUGCCUGCCUUCAUUUCUGCCCAUUCCUGUUCAGCUGUUCAGCUCCAUCCCAGGCAUUUUCCUUGCCCUGGGCUGCCCCUAAAUGGCCACGUGAGGACACUUCCCCAGGGUUCUGACCUGAUAUCGGGGAGCUCUGUCUCUGUCAUCUCUGGGAGGUUGUGACUUCAGCGCCACUGUGACACUCCUUUGGAAGCAUCUCAAAGACAGGAAAGGAUAUGGCAUUCUCCAGUCCACUUGCCCAAUCUCCAGUCACAUGUCCCUCUUUCCCAAAGAGUUUGCCAGUUUCUACCCAGUGCUAAUGAAAACCAGCUCUUAGGGCUGCUGGUUGGAAUUGGGACCAUCCAUUUUGGUGGCCAAAGUGUUUUGAUGGAAAGAAUUUGGAAACGGGAGCCUAAGAUUUGUGCCAUCAUCAUGCACUUGGGCAUUUACCAGGAAAAGCUCACGUGUAGAAAUGCCCACAGUGCUCCAGGGGUUUCGUUUGGGCCUUGGAGGCAUUAAGAGAGCCUUCGUGGCCCACGAGGCAGAGCUCCUGCCCUGAGCGGCACAAUGAUGGCCUGGGACUCCAACGGGACAGGGUUCCACUUCCCAGUGCAUUGGACGACAGGCUGACCAGCGUGCUGCUUUCUAAGAGAGUGGUCCUGGUGCACAGUAUCAUUUCCAUUUCCAUCCGGGUGAAUCCAGACAGUAGAGGACAGGGUGUAGGGAGCAGCCAGCUGGACGAAAAUGGGCCCUGCCCCAGAACCUUGCUUCCCCAGCAGCCCCGCUCCCUGAGAGCUCAUGCCUGGUCAGGGAAGAAAGAAAUGCAAUCCCCCUUCAUCGGUCCCAUCAGGAGCUGAUCCCACCCACCCAGGCCUGGCUUCUGCCCUUCCGCCACCUCCCCUCCAAAGAUACUGCGUCCACACUGGCAGUGGCAUCACCUCCAUUCUCAUUUUUGGAUGAAGUGACAUUUAGCUUUAACAAGACAUUUCCAAAGCGCCUAGUCUCCUCCAAAAUGCUAACUUCAAAAGUUGGGCAUCGUGGGCAAAGAAUCCUAAAAAAAAAAAAGGCUAGUGAGAGAAAGACAUUAGGCUAUGCAUAAAUGUGCACUUCCCCAAACCCCCUGUUAUUAAACUUAAAAUGCCUUUGAGUUGCUUUUCGUGAUCAUUUUAAUUUAUCCAACACUGUUAAGAAGUAUAGUCUGUGUUACUGUAGCUUUUGUAGCGUUUAGGCUUUAAUUUCUUACCACAAAAUAUGCUGUUUGCUAUGUAUCAAGCUUUCUGUGAGCAGAAAGGAAAGGUGCCUUAUAUCCCAAUGUCACGGCCACAUCCCUGUGGGAAACAGUCAGAAGCACAGUGAGCGCGGAAGCACUGGGACUUCCGUCGGCGAACUCAGACUCCCGUCAGCAAGACAGACGGAAGUGGCACGGGGCUGCUUUUGUUUCAGAGUCCUCUUCCCCCCCCCCUUUUCAUUUUCCUUUUGUCUUCUUUUGUAGCUUGCUUUAAACAGAAAGCACUUAAAUAGAUGACUAUGUGUGAAAGCUCUGUGCAAUAGAAAUCAUUUUUCUUCAUUUUUAAGAGAUAAUGUAUUGCACACCAAAUGAACUCAAAGUAAGCUUUAGACCAGGACGAUUCAGGUUGUGGAUCAGUACGUUCACUGUAGUUCCACGUGUUCCCAAACUGAAGGGAAAGCAGGCGGCCCCGCCCCACCCCCCAGCCUGCCCCUGGCUCUGACCACUGAGCUCGGCCUGCGGAGCCCUUGGCCAGAACCGCUGGGGGGCGGGGCGGGCGCGUGCGCCUCCGCCGCUGAGAACCUCUGCCGUGCGAGACCACAGCCAUCCCUUCCAGCACUUAACCUUUUCUUGUUGAGAUGGAUUGACUGCUACUGACCUGCCAGUGUGCAUGAGGAUAAUUAUAAAAGGAUAUUUCCUUGAGAAAAAAAAUUAUUUCUAUCCUCUUCUAUUUAUUAUUAGGUUAAUCAUUUAAGUACUUAUCAGGAGUAUAUUGUUUUGUGUUGUUUUGUUGUUGUUAUAAAUGCUUUUUGCUAUCACUCCAGUGGUUACUGUCUUCUGCCUCCUGCCCUCCCCAUCCCACCCCCCAAAAAAGAACCGAAGGGCCUGGGGACCUGACUGGGGGCACAGGGGGCUUCUCCAGCAGAAUCAGACGUCUGCCUCCAGAGUAGCCACUCAGAAACCGGUGGUCUCCACAUGUCUGACUUUUUAAAUGAGAGUUGAUGAACAAAAAUCUGCCAGUGUGAGGAAACGCCGAGGUGAAGAACACUCGUGAGAAGCUGCAGAGGAGACUUAAGCAAAAUUCAGUUCCCCAAAGCCUCCUAGAGCCUCUGUAAGACUUCUGGGUUCAUGAAGUUUCCGCGAGGGCGCGGCGGCCUGGCCCGGGCUGUGGCUUCCGAGUGAGAGUGGUUUCUUGCCAGGCUCACGUGGGUUGGCGUGUUUUAGUUGGCUUUUGUUGUUGUUGUUGUUGUUGUUGUUUUUCUUGCAUACUAAUUUGGUCAAAACCAUCUUUUAAAGCAACAGUGUUUCUUCAUUCGGCUGUGGCUUGAGGACCCGCACCAAGGAGGUCGAGGGGAGCCUCUCCUCCCCUCAGUGUGGCUGAAUGCAGAGGGAGGUUAGAUGUGGACAGAGCUUUCUGAGGCAAGCAGCACAGCCAGCAAGACACCCGGCUGCUUGCACUGGGCUGUGAGGGUGAAGUGGGGCUGCUCUGGGGCCUGUGGGCUCACCCUCGUGGGCGCCAGAGAAGGAAGCCCCUCUGGGUCGAGGCAGGGACCGGGCCUGCCCCAGGUGGAGCAGGCACCUGCCUCCGCCCCCGCCCCCGCCCCCUUGGGGCCCGCUGACUCCCGACCCACUUUUCACGCCACGACUUUUCCCCUUCUCUGAAAACCAUCCAAGGUCUGAUUUUGUUCUCAUCUCUCUGAAAGAAUGCCCUCCAAUGAAAUAACUGCCCUCAUCCCCCCAAAAGGGUUUGCAUUUCUCUCUAAUUAGUCUAUGCAUUUCUCUCUCUCCAACCGUUUUCUGCCUCCUUCCUUGAGAAAACCGGCAUCUCAUGUCCCACCAUCUGAGACCCCCUCAGAAAAUGCUGUGCAUUUUGGAGAUGUGAGGAUUCAUUCAAAAUUCAUAAAGCAUUUGAGGAUAGCUUGUUGUAACGGUGGGAAAAGAAAAGGUGGUUUUCCCACGCCCCUGUCCACUGAGGAAGACCUAGCUCUUUGCGAUUGUGCAAUAACUACUUGCCUGCGAGCGGGCAGCCACGCCCCGUCCAGACUACUAAACACAGCACAGGCCCGGCGCUCUCGAAGCAGCGGGCUUCUUCCGGAGAAUUCUCAGUAAGCUCAGCUCCCCCCAGCGUAUCGUGGUGUCUUACAUUUUAGCAGUAUUUUAUAUUUUCUGUAACGCACUAAGUCUUAGAUGUUUUUAGAGCUCAUUUGUUAAUGCUCACAAUCAUAGACUUUUUUUAAAAUCUUCACAGAGACCCAAUUGACCAAAAAAAAAAAGGCAUCAUUUUUUUUUGUACAAAUAGCUUUGAGAAGCCUCUGCUGUGUUGCUGUGACCCAUCUCUAGUACCAUUUUUAUUUCUUGCUGUUUUCAACAUUAAGAGUCAGAAGCUGAUCCGGCUGGCAUGGGGGUGG